AUGGCUAAAAAUCGCGAAAUCAUUCAGCUACACCUAGGUCAGGCGGGCGUGCAGAUGGCUAGCGCUUGCUGGGAACUGUACUGUCUGGAGCAUGGUAUCUAUCCCGACGGGAUGUUUUGUGACUGCUCUAUUUACGAGGACUGCAGUGCGUUCUUUAGCUGUGAUCGGUCGGGACAGUGCGUGCCCCGUGUGCUGCUGCUCGAUCUGGAACCGUCAGUCGUAGAUGAAAUCCGGCUCGGCACGUACCGGGAGCUGUUUCAUCCCAACUCUCUGCUGACGGGUUGUGAAGAUGCCGCAAGCAACUUUGGUCGCGGACAUUAUCGUUUGGGCCAGACGAUGAUAGAGCCGGCGAUGGAUCGGAUUCGAAAACUGUGCGAACACUGCUCGUCGCUGCAGGGUUUUAUGAUGUUUCACAGUGUUGGUGGUGGGACGGGUGCGGGUUUGGGCACGCUGCUGCUCGAACGGCUCGGCGAAGAAUUCGGCAAAACGUCCCGCAUGGAGUUUGAUAUCUUUCCCUCGCCGAAGGUUUCACCGGUCAUUGUGGAACCGUACAAUGCGAUACUCGCGUCGCAUGUCGCCAUGGAGCACAGCGAUUGCACGUUCGUGCUAGACAACGAGGCGCUGUAUGACGUGUGCGAUCGGAACCUGAACGUUCGCGAACCGACCUACACUAAUCUGAACCGCUUGGUUGCGCAGGCCGUAUCAUGCAUUACCGCAUCGUUACGAUUUUCCGGCGCGAUCAAUGUCGACCUGCUCGAGUUCCAGACCAACUUGGUCCCGUUCCCGAGGAUACAUUAUCCUUUGGUGACGUACGCUCCGCUCGUUCCGGGCAGUACGGCACGGCACGAGCAACCGACCACGGCACAGCUAACGUACGAGUGUUUUGAACCCUCGAACCAGCUCGUAAAAUGCGAUCCUCGUACGGGCCGGUAUAUGUCCUGCUGUUUGCUGUACCGCGGCAACAUUGCACCGAUCGAAAUCAACCGCGCAUUGCAGGAGAUGCGCUCGAACCGCACGGUCCGGUUCGUUGAUUGGUGCCCGACCGGGUUUAAGAUCGGCAUAAACUUUCAGGCACCGAUCGCUGUGCCGGGUGCGGAUCUGGCUCGUUCCGACCUGGCAUGCUGUAUGCUGUCGAACAAUACCGCCAUCAAAUCGGCCUGGACGAGGGUCGCCGAAAAGUACCAGCGCAUGUACGAUCGAAAAGCAUUUUUCUAUCAUUAUCUCAAUGAAGGCCUUGAAGAGCAAGACCUAGCCGAUGCGAUCGAAAACAUAAGGACGCUUAUAAAAGAUUAUGAGGAAAUUGAAAAAUAG